ACUUACAGCCCUGGGCCUCAGCUCCUGGACGCCUGGCCGGAAUGUCCUACUUCCUGUGACCUUGGGGGCUUUAACAGGGCCCUGAGACUCUUACAGCCUUUUCCCUGAAUCGCUCCUCCCUUGUCGCUUCUACCCCGCCCUCUACUGUCCUAAGCCGCUUCCUGGGCCAGGACUGAUUGGCUUUUUCCUGCCUCAGUUGGGGGAGGAGGGUGUCGCAGCCCUGGUCGCCUUCGGGGGACAUGGAGCCCAGAAGGGCGGCGCCUGGGGCGCAUGGCUCCGGGCCUCGGGUGGUCCCGGGAUCGGGGACGGCCGCGGAGCUCGUGUACCACCUAGCGGGGGCCCUGGGCGCUGAGCUGCAGGAGCUGGCGCGCCGCUUCGGGCCGGAGGCCGCAGCCGGACUCGUUCCGCUGGUGGUGCAGGCGCUGGAGCUCCUGGAAAAGGCGGCCGUGGGGCCCGCCCCGGACUCGCUGCAGGUAUCCGCACAGCAGGCGGAACUCGAGCUGCGGCUGCUGCGAGAGGAGAACGAGCGCCUCCGCAGAGAGCUGCGCUCUGGACCACAGGAGGAGCGCGCUCUGCUGCGGCAGCUCAAGGAGGUGACCGACCGCCAGCGGGACGAACUCCGGGCGUACAACCGCGACCUGCUGCAGCGAAGCCAGGAGACCGAGGCGUUGCAGGAGCAGCUGCAGCGCCUCCUGCUGGUGAAUGCGGAGUUGCGGCAGAAAUUGGCCGCGGUACAAACCCAGCUACGCGCCGCGCGGGACCGCGAGAGCGAACGAGAGCAGCGGCGCGAAGCGGCCUUGGAGCCGCCUCCAGAACCGGUUCAGGGCCAGGCCUCGGGGCCCGACUGCGAGCAGAGGCGGGAGUCCGAGCGGGCGACCGCGGGCACAAGAGCCUCGGGGACCCCCGAGGACCCGGCGGAUGCCCCGCUGCCGCCAGGGCUCCCAGCCAGGGCAGGGCAGUGCGGCUUCAGUCGAGAGGAGGUUCAGCAGAUCCUUCAGGAGCGGAAUGAGCUCAAAGCCAACUUGUUCCUGCUGAAGGAGGAGCUGGCCUACUUCCAGCGGGAGCUGCUGACAGCCCACCGGGUCCCUGGGCUUCUGCUCGAAGCCAUGAAGGUAGCUGUCAAGAAGCAGCGGAAGAAGAUCAAGGCCAAAAUGUUAGGGACUCCAGAGGAAGCAGAGAGCAGUGACGAUGAUGAUGGCUCAUGGCUCCUGCUCUCCAGUGAUAAGGGAGACCAUUCUGAACCCCCAGCCCCUGAGUCCAGAAUACGGAGUUUCUUUGGCCAGUGGUAUCGGGGUGAAACAGAGGCCCCUGGGACUGAGACCAGCAGUGUGGCUCCCAGCCAGCUACAGGGAGGAGAGGAGACCCCGCAGCCACCCCACCUGGAACCAGUGGGCAGCCCGACAGCCCCCAACUCCUGACGGGUCCUGCUGUGCUCUCAAUGAACAUCUUUGUCUGGGGUCUCAGCUGCCCCAGAGGCCUGA